AUGCAACAGGCCCUGGAAAGGGCUUUGGACCGCGCGGACUAUGUCAUCGCAGGCGCCCAGCAGAGGCCUCCAAAGAGGAGAGGCUCGUCGAGUGGGGAAGCAUCUCUCUACGAGAAGCUUUACGACAUCUAUGUGGAAGAAUGUGGGAGAGAGCCUGAGGCUCCGGAGGAGCUAAGAAGCAACGUGAACUUGCUAGAGAAGCUCGUGAGGAGAGAGUCGUUGCCGUGUUUAGUGGUCAACCUGCACCGGGGAGAGGGGGGAUAUUCGCUGAUGCUCCAGGGGAAAGACGGAGCGUAUUCGGAGACCGUCCGGCUGCCCUACGAAGAACGCGAAUUGCUCGAAUACCUGGACGCUGAAGAACUACCUCCCGCUCUGCUGGACGUGCUGGAAAAAUCGGAGGUGAACCUCUUCCAGUGCGGGUGCGUCAUAGCGCAGGUGCGAGACUACAGGCAGUGCAGCGGUGGGGAACCUCCGGGCUACCAGAGCAGGCACAUUCUCCUGCGCCCGACCAUGCAGACGUUAGCCUGCGACGUGCAGUCCAUAACCAGCGAUGGCCAGGAAUGGACCCAGGAGGACAAACUGUCGCUUGAGAGCCAGCUGAUCUUGGCCACCGCUGAGCCCCUGUGCCUGGAUCCUUCUGUAGCAGUAGCCUGCACGGCGAACAGGCUGCUCUAUAACAAGCAAAAGAUGAAUACUGGGCCGAUGAAAAGGAGCUUCAGGAGGUACUCUGCCUCCUCUCUGCAUCGGCAGCGGGAGCUGUCUGCUUGUCCCCCUCCUCCUGAGCUGACAGUGUGGGCCUCUUGCCGGAAACGCAGGGAGCGCCAAGACCGUCCGUGGUACGACCUCAAAAUUUCUAAGGCGGGGAGCUGCGUAGAUACGUGGAGGCGGAGACCGUGUGACUUGGCGGUGCCUUCGGAAGUGGAUGUGCAGAAAUAUGCCAGAGGGAGGAGGUCCGCCCAACGGGUCGUCUCACCUCCGGGAGUCUGGCCAGCCGGGGAGGUGAGGGACGGUGGUACGUGUGGCCGCGAAGCCGGCCAGGAGCCUCAGAGCACGGAGCUGACCUUCCCGAAGUCGCCGCCGCCGAAUAAUCCACCUUCCUCUGGAGCGAGAAGGCCCUGGAAGGAAGACCGGUGGGAGGGACAGAUGUCUCCUCCGCACCCCUGCACAGAUGACCGUUCAGGCAGUGUCCCGCCGGAAUCAAAGACGGCUGCCGGCGGGGUGGUCACGGGGGCAGAGCUGGCCGUCCUGCAGAAGGCCAGCUGUACGGUCACCGGGUCGCACGGCUCAGGCGGCCUCAGUGGGCUUCCUCCCGGGAACGACCCAGAACAGCCUGACAUGGCGUCGGUUCGGUCUCCAGUCCAGGGGGAAGGCGUGGGACGGCCACCUCUGCGCAUCAGACUUCCCUGGAGCUCAGGCACGAGCCGGUCGGGGAACAGUUUUAUUCCAUGGGAGGCCAGCAGCUUUCGUAAAUCUCCAUCUCCUGCUCCCGCUCCUAAGCCAAGUCCCUCCCAGCAAUCCCCCGUGGACGUGAAUCGAGGGAGCCCGCUUCCCGCAGCCACCGUGUCCGCCGCCAGCGCCCCACAGAGGAGCCCGGCCAGCCGGGUCACGGCCAGCUCCGCGGGCCACAGCCUCCUUCAAGUGGCGGGCCCUGGUUGCGGAGCGCAGGCUUUGGAGAGGGGCUCUGGCCCGGGGCAGGGCCCUCAGGCUGGGGCCAAGGCUCCUGUGGGGAUCCAGCCCAGCAGCCUGCCUUCAGGCGCUCGGCCCCCCAGUGCGGUGCCCGCUGCAGCGCGGAGUCCUCCAGUCCGCGUCCAGUUUUUUUUAAAACACGCUUCCGGCCUCGGGCCAGUAACUCUCCUGGAGGUUCCCCAAGAGUCGCUCCUUUUGAACACAGCGCGGCAGCCAGAGCGGCGGCUCUAUCACUUGAUUUCCCAAGAACAACUUCAGCAAGCC